GUCAGCACUAAAGGGGCGGUGCACAGUUGGUGCAAACGGCGCAAGGGGCGGCAGCUUUUGGAGAAUGGAUCCAGUGAGAACCCAAUAGGACACUUUCGAUACUUUUUGGCACUCAGAACGUUAGCAGUAGAGACCACGUCACUCUGUCUACUCCCCCUUUUCCUUCCCUUGUUGGACCAACAUCCACAGCUUAGAAACAGCUGGAUAAAGAUUUUGGAUCAGAAAAGCACAAUCAUGAUGACCGGAUUUCGACUAAACCUGUCGCCCCUGAAGGAGCCCCUCGGCUUCGUCAAACUGGUGGAGUGGCUCACAGCCAUAUUUGCUUUUGGCUGCUGCGGUGGAUUUUCAGGGAAGAACGUCAUAUCUAUCCUCUGUGGCGAUGGCAGUAAUGAAACUCUCAAUGCCAUGUAUCAAUACCCAUUUAGGUUAAGCCAGUUCCCGCUCAUUGAUAAAAAUACGACUCUUUGUAACCACUCUGUCACUACAACACACAUGAUGGGAGACUCGGCCUCCUCGGCGGAGUUCUUUGUAGGUGUUGGCAUUGUCUGCUUCCUUUACAGCAUGGCAGCUCUGCUGGUGUAUUUAGGCUACAUGCACGUCUACAAGGACUCUGACUUUGGACCAAUUUUUGACUUUGUGAUCACAGCGAUCCUGGUUUUCCUGUGGCUGGUGUGUUCAUCCGCCUGGGCUAAAGGCCUGCAGAAUGUAAAGAGUGCCACAGACACUGAAGGCAUCAGUGGCACGCUGGCACUCUGUAAGGGUAGCAACAUCACCUGUGAGGUCACGGAGUUUGCUAACAUGCGGACCCUCAAUAUAUCUGUGGUGUUUGGCUACCUUAACAUGCUUGUGUGGGCGUUCAAUGCUUGGUUUGUGUACAAAGAGACUCGCUGGCACUCCCGGAAAUUUUCAUCCCAACCUGGACCAGGAAGGCACCAGGUCCCUGCGCCAAUCUAACAUACAGAUACACACAAAGACUCAGUACAAAACACAGAAAACGUGCACAUGCCAUAUACAGAAAAUCACCCUUAAGUGCACGCACGCACACACAUACACACACAUACACAAAUACUCUGUGAAAGUGAUGAAGACACACAAAGUGAAGGAUCAAUGGCUAGCUCAUAUUAAACUGCUGACUGCAGUUAAGUUUUGCAGCAGUACAGAUUUGCAUUGGUGUUUUGUAACCCAAUAUGACCUGAUGUGGUAUCAGGUGGUAGACAAGAAGCCAUCCACACACAAUAGCAGCACCAAUGCAACAAGCAUGCCAAAUCCUUUUAAAUGCGCCUUUGUUCUAUUAUUCUUAAAUGGCUUCAGAUGCUUUGCACACGGUGAUCGAAUCCUAUGACCUGAUUUGGUCUUCAUAGAAGUAUUGCAGUUUAUGAGGUUUUCUGCCUCGCCUGGUUUAUUACACUUAUUUUUACACAGAUGAACGUAAGGUGCUCAGCCCUUUCUCUGUGACACCACACUUGGACAUUUUAUUUUCUAAGAUCUAAGAUCAUCUGCUUUAAGGGCAGUGUGAAAAUCACAUUUUAUGACUCCUUGUUAACCGUAACUAAAUGUGUUUAUUUACAAAAGUGAGUGUGAUCGAUAUUGCAAAAUGUAAUAUACAUUUUGCUUUGUAUUUGCACAUUUUUCAAAAUAUUUGUAGAUUAAAAAGAUAUGCCUCAUUCCAAAACCAUUUCUUUUACAUCAGUUAACUGACUCCCUCAUACCCUCUAGUGUCAGAAAGAGGGAAUCACUGAAGUCUCUAUGAAACUCGACUCAUGCCAACCAUUUAUCCUUACGGAUUUUUCUUUGUAAAAAACAGGCAAGCAGCCUGACCUAGUUUAUUUCCAAGGUUAAAAUAACUGUAGUCUAGGACCUUUUUAUUUUGCACUGAUGAGGUGCUUGUGUGAUUUUAUCAAUGUUGCAUUAAAGGAACAAUUCACCCUCAAAAUCAAAUAUACAUUUUUUUUCAGGCGUACUACCAUGUGUCCAACAAACACGGCACAACCUGUUUGUUUACAUCCUGUCACGGUGUCAGUCAGCUAAGCAAAUAUGUAAAUUUGAUUUUUGAUGUCAAUUGUCUCUUUAAGCACUGUGAGCAUAAAUCCAUGAAGAAUACUUGAGAGUUGCUUUCUUUAAUCCGAAUGCAGUGCAGUCACACUUUUCUUCAAAGGUACCAGUUAAAGCAUUUUCAACUUUCUUGUUAAUUUCAUCCCUUUUUGCAGCGAAAAUAUUCAGCCAAAGCACUAUUUUCUUUUAUCCUGGUUUAAGCUUCCUACAUAUCUCUUAUGUGAUUUUUAAGCCUGUUAUUGUGCCGUUGUUUAAACUAGUCCAUCCUGUUCUCCAUAUUUGUUUUGGGGUUUUUUUUCCAGACCAAAUGGUGAGCUGGUAUUGUGUUUUAAGAACUGUGUCGUAUUUUUGUAUAAUUUCUCAUUUUCAGUAUAUCCAGAUGUGUUUUUUGAUUAUUAUUAUUUUUUCUCCUUGUCCUUUCUAUUGUGUUUUGACUGUCUCUGUGUAGGGUGGUUUCAUUCCUUCUAUUCCUUUAACUUUAAAGUUCAGUGAAACAGCAAGUGUCUGGUGUACUGGUUAUGCCACUGCACUCCUGUAAUCAGCUAUAGCUUCUUCUUCUUUUUAAUGAUUCCUUUACAUUUAACCUGCCAAUUUUUCUUAUGCAAUGCACUCUGUCACAUGCACAAUUUGGAUGUACUUUUUUCCAAUAAAAAACAAAAAAAUGUG